AUGAAGUUCACAAACAUAGCGGAUUUGACCACAGCCCCAGCCGUCCCAGCUCGGACAAAGGGCUUAUUGAACCUCUGGACUAUUGUCGAGUCGCUCGCACGAAAGGAUAUCAAUGUCAAUGAUUUCAAUUGUGACCGUCCCAGCACCAUGUCUUGGGCCGCGCAGGAAGGAAGUGAAACGAUUAUCCCGCUGCUGUUGAGACAUGAUGACAUCGUUCCAGAUGCGACUGACACAUUUGGGCGUACUCCCCUGAUCUGA